GGGUGCAGGGCUGUGCUACAUUGCCGCCUUCUAUAGACCUUUGGUUGACUUGGUCACCACUUCCAUUGCCAUCCAAUUCUCCUUCCGUUUUUCUAUUCUACCGUAUAUUCACUUCUCGCCUCCAUUAUCUUUCCAUUCGUCGUCGACAAACAUGGGUAUCUUGCGCCCUGCGACACCAGGUUUCAUCUGCACUCUCGUUGCGACAAUCCUGCUCGCAGUCGUCUCAUUCUGUGUACCCUUUUUAAAGUCGAUAUAUUUUCUCAAGGCAAGCAUAUCGGAGGGUGGUUACAACGGUACCAUCACGUUUGGUACAUUAGGAUACUGUCUGGAGUUGUCGAACGGUACGACCUGUUCUUCAGCAUCGGUCGGGUAUGAACUUGAUAUCAACAGUCUUGUCGGUAAUGACCUACCCAUCAGUAUUCCCAACGUCGCCGUCAAGUGGAUAACAUACGCCCUCGUCCUUCACAUCGUUGCCCUCGGUCUUGCCGCCGUAUCAGCUCUCUUUGGCCUCCUCGCACAUGUGCGGGAAAUGUCCAUGACUUGUUGCAGCACCUGUGUGUCCGGCUUUGCUGCUGCCGUCGCCCUUAUUGCAUUCAUCUUCGACCUCGUCCUUUUCUACGUCGCCAAAGCACGUAUAAACUCUGUGGGAACUGCUUCAAUGGGAACUGCCAUUUGGUUGACAUUAGCCGCAUGGCUGCUCCUCUUCUUUAGUGGAUGCUUCUACACCGUCGGUCGCUGCUGUAUCUCAAAGCGUAAACCUAGGGAUGAAUGGGGUAGACGCAAAGACCGGGAGAAUGGAGACUACGACCAGAUGCGUUUGGAUGCAGUCAAGGCUGAGGCUGACAGGAAGGCUAUGCAACAGAAAGAAAUCGGGUUAUCGCCUCUGCCUGAAGCCCAACCUCUCACCGCUCGCGUCGACGGCGAUAAUGUAAUCACUGAGCGUCCCUAUAGUGACCAAUCUGCACCCACUACGGCCAACAACCUACCGUCAGGCGGAUAUGGUGGCCGGCCGGUACAAGGAGGUGGUUAUGUUGGAGGUGGCUACGUUCAAGCCCCUGCCGGUUCUCGAGCUGUAGACGAAUAUUACAAUCCAUCCCAAUCCACGUCGUAUCCACCCCAACCUCAGCCACGACGUCAAGGUAGCCAUACCACAGGCUAUGCUCCUUCGUCGUACGCCGCGUCGACUUAUACCUACACGGCUCCUGAGCCUUCAUCACCCACAUACAACCUGCCCGUUAACAACCAGUAUCUUUCUACAAAUCCUCAGCAACAUCCUGAUCGCUAUGACUCGCCCGUUGGUGGUUAUGGACAUACAUCAGGAGGAACAACUUACCAUUCAGCUGCAUCCCAUCAGCAGUAUCCAUCCGCAUACUCGCAAUAUGAUGCAUAUGAUGCUGCGCCAUCUCCAGCCCAUCCACAGGCUCAGUCACGGUACACUGAUCCUUACGGCAUUCGAAGUUACACAACAAGCCCACCACCGUUGUCAUCACAACCUCAUACUUCCACCCAUUAUCCUGCACCGGUAGCCGGCCCUUCAGCACAGGAGCGGAACUACACAUUAGGAGGAGAUGGAUAUGGGCAAAACGGCCUGCCUCCUCUUCCUGAGCACACUCAAGAACAUUCAUACCUCUCGUAUGCUGCGCCGACUCCUCAAACGCCUUCCCACAUAAACACCGCCGUACCUGCAGCAGCAGCAGAAAGGCAAACAAGUCCGAUGGGACCUCGAGCACAUAGGUCAAUGUCGCCGCAACAAUACGAUGAUAGUCCUCCGCCUGGGUAUGAGGCUGGACCUGCAUUGCUCCCUGGGGGAUGGAGUGGAAAGAAUUAGACAUUGAAAUCACGAUAAGUAUUUUAUUCACUACGGACACUUGGCUUUUUUUUUACACAACUAUCCUCUGCUGUAUUUGCACAAUAUGCAUGCAUACCCUCAUUGUGACGACCUUCAACAUGGAAUAGCUUGCGGUACUUCCGCAAAUAGUAUAAGACCUAGUAAUUUAUCACAGCUCGUCUCUCUGGCGUUUGCUGCGGGAAGAUUUGGGAGGUUCGGUGGAUAUUAACAUCGAUAAGAAGUCGUGGACGAGAUCCGCAGCAGCAAUGCCAGUAAUUUCGGCUA